AUGCCACGUAUAACAUCAUCAUCGCCAGCAGAAAGGAGAGAAGGAUUGCGUAUGUCUUUGCGUGAAAGACCAAAAGCGGAUGCAAAGAAUGCCGAAGCGAAUAGUACAAAUAAAUCUAGUCACGAGACACGUCGAACAAAACGUAAAGCUGGGGCAAAUUCUCGAAGUCUUUACGAUGAAUACGGUAGAAUUCGUCACAAUGGGAAAGAUGUUUGUGACUGCAUGGACGACGACUGUCCUGGCUGUUGGUAUGAAUGUGAAAACUGCGGUUCAACCAAAUGUGGUGUACAGUGUAGGGUGCAUCGUAAAUUCUACUAUGAAUCGAUCAAAUUUGACGGAAAAGAUGGUGUGGUAUUUAAUAAAGAUUUUCCAAAAAGAAAGUAG